CAGCUCGCAUCAUCUCCAGCUCGCGUCAUCUCCAGCUCGCAUCAUCUCCAGCUCGCGUCAUCUCCAGCUCGCAUCUCCUCCAGCUCGCAUCUCCUCCAGCUCGCGUCAUCUCCAGCUCGCAUCAUCUCCAGCUCGCAUCAUCUCCAGCUCGCGUCAUCUCCAGCUCGCAUCUCCUCCAGCUCGCAUCUCCUCCAGCUCGCGUCAUCUCCAGCUCGCAUCAUCUCCAGCUCGCGUCAUCUCCAGCUCGCGUCAUCUCCAGCUCGCGUCAUCUCCAGCUCGCAUCUCCUCCAGCUCGCGUCUUCUCCACCUCACCACGUUCAGCUGAGCUCAACCAAGCGUCUCCAGCUCACACCUCGAGCUCAUCACCUUCAGCUGAGCUCAACCAAGCACGCUCGGCUCAGCUUGUUUUAUCACGAAUACAGCCGCGUUGUACAACUACUACACUACCACUCAGGGGCAUCUCCACCACCACUACCACCACCACUCACGGACACCUCCACCACGCACAGGGAGCUCCACUACUCAGGGACAUCACCACCACCACCACUCACGGACAUCUCCACCACCACCACUCACGGGAGCUCCACCACUUAGGGACAUCUCCACCACCACCACCACCACUCACGGACAUCUCCACCACCACCACCACUCACGGACAUCUCCACCACCACCACUCACGGGAGUUCCACCACUCAGGUACAUCUCCACCACCACCACUCACAACAGGGUCAACGGACACUACCGUUGACCUCCCACAGUCGUGAUUGAGAUGCUCAGCAGUGGUUUCGGAUGUAUUUUGAUGAACACAUCAUAACCGUGCAGCUUGUUUGCGUUGUUCUUGAGUGGUAGCAGCAGCAGCAAGAGCAAUAAUACUCGUGCCACUUUUUUGAAUUUUAUUUUUGGCCCGGAGCCCCCAGCGUGGCAGUGACAGCGACAGCAGCAGCAGGUGACAUCAUUGCGCGUCACUUGCACGGCUAAAAAUACGAUACGAGCCUAGACGCAGGGGCCGCGGCAGCGGGCAGAGCGCAUCCCUCACGAGUCGGCGGAUUCAGCUCCCCGUCGACAACAAGACGAGCUGCAAUCCAGCCCGCAGAUCCGUCAGUCGCAUACACACACACACAUCGGAAGCCACCACCACCAUUCGUCAGCGUCGGACGAGACGUUGCAGCGGUCGCACCGAGCCCCUCGCGAAGUUCACGACGAGGAUGGAGGAGACGAGAGCUCGGCGCUGUUGGCCACGCGCGCCCCCCCAUCUCCGUCUGCUGCCGCCUCUGCUGCUUCUGCUCGCCUUGGCCCCGCACAGCGGCAGGGCGGCCCUGGACCCGGCAGUCCGCGGUGACGGCCGCCCCGCGGGCUCCUCGGGUGGCCCGGGCAGCUGCUACGACGCGCGGGGCCGCGCUCAGUUGUGCCGACCCGAGUUCGUGAACGCGGCGUUCGGCGCCACCGUGGAGGCGUCUGACACGUGCGGCACUCCGGUCGAGGAGGAGUACUGCGCGCAGACGGGGGCCGUCGCCUCUUCCUCCUCCUCCUCCUCCAGCGCCAGCGCCACCGCCUGCCACCGCUGCUCGGCCGCCGAUCCGGCGCUGAGCCACGGCGCCGAGCUGCUCACGGACGCGGACGGCGACGGUUCCUGGUGGCAGAGCCGCAGCAUGGAGCACGGCGUGCAGUACCCGGUGUCAGUGAACCUCACGCUGCGCCUCGGCAAGGCGUUCCAGAUCACCUACGUGCGCCUGCGCUUCCACACCAGCCGGCCCGAGAGCUUCGCCAUCUACAAGCGCACGUCGCCCGCCUCGCCCUGGCAGCCCUACCAGUUCUACAGCGGCACGUGCGAGCGCACCUUCGGCCUGCCGUCCAGGGGCUUCCUGCGCGCCGGCGACGACGAGAGGACCGCGCUGUGCUCCGACGAGUUCAGCGACAUCUCGCCGCUCACCGGCGGCAACGUGGCCUUCUCCACGCUCGAGGGCCGACCUGGGGCCCUCGCCUUUGACGGCAACGACAAGCUGCAGGAAUGGGUGACGGCGACCGACGUGCGCGUGUCCCUGCGUCGCCUCAACACCUUCGGGGACGAGGUGUUCGGGGACCCCAAGGUGCUGCGCUCGUACUACUACGCAGUGUCCGACCUGGCCGUGGGCGGCAGGUGCAAGUGCCACGGGCACGCGAGCGAAUGCGGGCGCGGGUCGGACGGGCGCCUCGUGUGCCGCUGCCAGCACAACACGACCGGCGAUGACUGCGAGAGAUGCCUCCCGUCGCACAACUCGCGACCCUGGGCCCAGGCUUCGUCCGACGACGCCCACGAGUGCCUCUCAUGCGCCUGCAACGGCCACUCCAACGUGUGCCACUACGACCGCUCCCUCUACCAAACGACGGGCAACGGCGGCCACUGCACGGGCUGCCGCGACAACACCGCGGGGCCCUUCUGCGAUCGCUGCCGCGACAACUUCUACCGCCAGCACGGCUCGGGGCCCUGCCUGCCCUGCAACUGCGACCCCGUGGGCUCUCUGAGCGCGCAGUGCAGCACCACCGGGCAGUGCGCAUGCAAGGCCGGGGUCGGGGGUCAGAGGUGCGAUCGCUGCCAGCCCGGGCACCACUCGCUCUCCCACAACGGAUGCAGACCUUGCGCGUGUGACCCCGCUGGGAGCACCCAGGAUUGCCAGGACGGGGGGCAGUGCGUCUGCAAGCCCAACGUUGAAGGGGACAACUGCAACCGGUGCCGCCCGGGACACUUCCACCUGGACGCGCGCAACCCGAGCGGCUGCUCCGCGUGCUUCUGCUUCGGCCACGCGGCGUCGUGCAGCGGCGCCCAGGGCUACGCGGCGCACACCGUCGCCUCCUCCUUCCACGCAGGGCGGGACGGCUGGAAGGCUCAGCGCAGCGACGGCGCCGAGGUUCCCGUCCAGUGGUCGGGGUCGUCCCAAGAGGUGACCGUCACCUCCGCCGACCCCCUGCCCAUCUACUUCGUGGCUCCCAACGCGUUCCUGGGGAAUCAGCUGCUGAGCUACGGGCAGAACCUCUCCUUCACUUUCAGCAUGGAUCGUCGCGACGUGCGCCUCUCCGCCGAGGACGUGGUGCUCGAAGGCUCCGGCCUGCGCGUCUCUGUGCCGCUCAUCGCGCAGAACAACCGCUACCCCACCGACGGGCAGCAGACCUACACCUACGUGCUGCACGAGAACCCCGCGUAUCCGUGGACGCCGCAGAUCCCCGCGAACGAGUUCAGGAAGCUCCUCUCCAACCUCACGGCCAUCAAGCUCCGCGGCACGUACAGCGACAAGAGCACGGGCCGGCUGGGCGAGGUGCGUCUCGUGACGGCGCGGCCGGGCUACGGCGCCGCGGCGGCCGGCUGGGUGGAGCAGUGCUCGUGCCCGCCGGGCUACCGCGGCCUGAGCUGCGAGGCGUGCGCCCCGGGCCACCGGCGCGACCCCCCCGGUGGGGGGCCCCUUGCCGCCUGCGUUCCCUGCAGCUGCCACGGCCACAGCGGCUCGUGCCACCCCGAGACCGGUGCGUGCGAGUGCCAGCACCACACCGCGGGGCGGCGCUGUGAGCAAUGCGCCGCCGGCUUCUACGGCGACGCGACGCGCGGCCGCGCCGACGACUGCCGCGCGUGCCCCUGCCCCCAGGGCUCCUCGUGCGCCCUCGUGUCCGGCGAGGUCACGUGCACGCGCUGCCCCCAGGGGCUCACGGGCAAGCGGUGUGAGCUCUGCAGCGACGGCUACUUCGGCGACCCCACGGGGGUGGAGGGCGCCGCGGUGAGGCCGUGCCGCCGGUGCGAGUGCAACGGCAACGUGGACCCCAACGCGGUGGGCAACUGCGACCGGCGCACGGGCGAGUGCCUCAAGUGCACGCGCAACACGGCCGGCUUCUUCUGCGACCGCUGCCGCGACGGCCACUACGGCAACGCGCUGGCGACGGGCGACGGGGACAAGUGCCGACCGUGCGCGUGUUCCAGGUGGGGCACGUUGGGUAACCCCGGCGGCUGCAACGUGGUGACGGGCCAGUGCGAGUGUCGACCGCACGUGACCGGGCGCGACUGCGGCCAGUGCCUGCCCGGCUACUACGUGUCCCCCGACGGCAACGGCUGCGAGAGGUGUAACUGCGACCCCGUGGGCUCUUUGACGGGCGGCUGUGACCCGGUGACCGGACAAUGCGACUGCCAUCCCGGCACGUCCGGCCGCUGCUGCGAUCGGUGCGAGGGCAACCACUUUGGAUUCUCUCUCGAAGGCUGCAAGCCGUGUGACUGCGACACGUCGGGCUCCAAGUCGAUGCAGUGCGACCAGGCGGACGGGAGCUGCCCGUGCCGCGAGGGUGUCACGGGCCCGCGCUGCGACCAGUGUCGCGAGAACUACCACUACAACCGCACCAACCCGGGCUGCCAGGAGUGCCCGCCCUGCUACCGGCUCGUGCGCGACAAGGCCCAGGAUCUGCGCGAGCGCCUGCGGGAGCUGGAGCACUCCUUCGAGCGCAUCGCCUCGGACCCGGGCGCCGGAACGGACCGCCACUUCGAGAUGAAGCUGCAGCAGGCGGCCAGCGCCGUCGAACAGCUGCUGAGAGACGCGCAGCAAACGCAGCUGUCGGACCAGGGCCUGCAGUCCCAGCUGGACGAGCUGGAGCGCACGUUGGCAUCGCAGCGGGGCCGCCUGCAGAAAAUGGGCGACACGGUGGGCGAGACGGACGGGGUGGCUGCGCGUGCCGGGCGGCGCGCCGGAGACACGCAGCGCGUGCUGGAGCGAGCGCAGCACGAGCUGGAGCGGGCCAAGGCCGCCAUUGCCUCCGUCAACAUCGAUGGGAAAAACGUGACCGGGCCCAACAACUUCACAGUUCUGGCAGAAGAAGCUCGGCGGCUCGCUGACAGCCACAAGCAGGCGGCGGACGACAUCGAACGGACCGCAAACCUGGCCAACGACACGUCCACGGCGGCCUACAACCUCCUGCGCAAGACGCUGGCCGAGGAAAACGACAUGGGCGGCCAGAUCAGCGAGCUCACGCGCAGGGUCGGCGCGGCCAAGACGCAGGGCGUGCAGCUCGAGGUGCUGGCGGACGCCGUGCACAAGGAGGCCAAGGCGGCCGGCGACAAGGCCCUGCAGAUCUACGCCAACGCCUCCACGUCCGUGCCCAACGUGGACAUCGACGCCCUCCAGGCCGGCGCCGACCAGGUUAAGGGUCGUGCCGCGGAGCUCGACGGCAAAGUGUCCGAGCAGCAGGGCCUGUUCCGCGAGCUGCAGGACGACCUGCGUCCCCGCGUCGACGAGGCCAAGCGGCUGCUGCAGCGCGGCAACACGGAGCAGCAGGUUCUGGAUCAGCUGUUGGCGCGCGCAAACGCCGCGUUCAACUCGGCCAAGGAGGCCGAAGGGAAAGGGAAAGCCACUCUCAAGGAGGCCACCGACACCCUGAACAUCCUGAGAGACUUCGACAAGCGCGUGAGCGACAACAAGACGGCGGCGGAGGAGGCGCUGCGCCGCGUGCCGGCCGUGCAGGCGCAGAUCGAGAGCGCCAACGCGAAGACGCGGCAGGCCGAGGAAGCGCUGGGCAACGCCGCCAACGACGCCCGCGACGCGCGCGCGAUGGCGCAGGACGCCGAGGAGAUCGCGCGGCGCGCCCAGGAGCGAGCGGGCGGCCUGAAGACGGAGGUGGAGAAUGCAUACGGUGACGCGGCGGGCCUGGCCGAGGGAGCCGCGGGCCUCCUCGCCGGCCUGGCUGGCGCCGAGGCUGAGCUGGCGCGCAAGCAGCAGGACGCCGCGCGGGACACGGACCUCGCCAACAUGGCAGCUGAGGCGGCACAGGAGGCCGAGGACAAGGCGAGGAGAGCCAAGAGCUCCGUCAGCGGAGCCCUGGAACAGAUCGAGCAGCUCCUGCGUGACUUGGGUUCCCUGGAGGACGUAGACCUGGGGCGGCUGCAGGAUCUGGAGCGCAAGUACGCGGAGGCGGAGCGGGCGCUGGCGGGCGGCGGCGAGCUGGAGCCGCGGCUGCAACGCCUGGAGGACGUGGUGGCGUCGCAGUCAGCGGCGCUGCGCGGCUACGAUGCGAGCGUGGAGCAGGCGCUCGCCGACAUCCGCAACCUGGAGGAGAUCCGCGACGCCCUGCCGCAGGGCUGCUUCAACGCGGGCGAGAUCGAGAGGCCCUAAGCCUUGCCUCCACCCCCGUCCCUUCCACCCCCACCCCCACCCCCACCCCCACCCCCCCCCGCUUGAAGCGGAGGCGUCGAAGAAAAUGUCACGACGAGAGGCGACUAAUUUAAAUUAAUGACGGACAAAAUCACGGAGAAGACAGAGAGAGAGAGAGAGAGAAAAAAUAUAUAUGUGGGGGCUUCCGGAUCGCGUGAACUGUGUCGAGCCCGUGACGAGUGCCGCAGUGCGACCUGGGACAUCACGUUGACCGCCACCUUCAAUGAAAAAUAUACAGCGAAAUACGGGGAAGGGGGGCGGGGCGGGGGGAGAGGGGAAAUUAUGGAUGAGUGAAAAAUAUAUUGUCGGGGACGAAGCCGAUAAAUGUAACUAUAUUUUUUAAUUAGCGGGGAUCCAAUUGUCGUGCGCUUUUUUGACAUAGUAUUAAAACGCGAUUGCAUCUGGACGCAGUGUUUGUAUAUGUUAUUGUGCAAGCGAUGCGGCCGGGAAUUGCCACGGGGGGGGGGGGGGGGGGGGGCGCUCGCGUCUCGGUGGAGGUCGCGCGGGGUCAGGAAGACAGAUUUCGCGCUUUCAUUUAAAAACGCCGGGGCGGCCCGAUGCAGAGGCACACGGUCACGCACGAGCGUUCGCGUCGCCGGCUACGAAGGUUGACGUCGUGAUGGAGCGAGGGCGGUCGCUGGUUUUUAAAUAAAAGCGCACCGUCGCAAACCCUGCCCCCCCCCCUCCACGGUAAUAUUGGGGGGGGGGGUGGCUUCGUGCGACAAGAGGAAUCGUGGAUAAGUGGCGUAGACGUCGCGACGGGGAAGUCUUUCUCUCAUCCUCCGUCCACGGAUACCGGGGAGAGAUCGCGGAUGUCGUGGCCUCUGCCUUCACGAGGGUUUUUCAGCUAAAAGGGAUUGCAGAUAAGACGACUUCUACGUAAUUUCAAGGGAGGUUGUUUUGUCACCUCCGUCGGUUAUUCGACCGCACGAGUGCUUGAGGUCGCGCCCUCCGACAUCUUUUCGGGUCAUGCCGCCACGUUUCGUUCGCGCGCGACGUCCGACGUUUCGAUCCGCGCGCUGGCAGUGAUAUACGACGCGGCUGAUGCACUCGGAGCGCUGCGCCCGGGCGCCAGGCGUUGCUGCUGUCGCGGCAGUAUUACGUGCGGGAUUGAGAUUGACUAAGCACACUGCACGCCCAAGCGAAAUGUAUUUACUCCUCACGGCGCUAUGCGGCGUGAACCCCUAACCCCCUAGCAAGGCCAACAGAUCGCGGAUGCCAACUGGAGUCUGCUUAUUGGCUAUGGCCCAACCGUCUUGCACGGCACGUGGAACAGAUCCGGAGGUCGUGGGGGCAGGUAGCCAAGGCCACCCUAUGUCGAGUAAUCGAGGACUCGUGAAGGUUGUACCGUGAGGGGGGCAACAGAAUCUGACUCCGCUUGUUCAAAAGUCAGUGGGGGGGCAGCUACCCUCCCUGCACCCAUGUUCCCACAUCCCACGUUACUUUGUGGAUUUUCAAGGCGGGAGACAGCUUGGCAGCUGCGGUAUUUUCGCCCCGGUGAUCUUGUGCGCUGAUGUUUAGCGUGGGCCAGGAUGACAUCGCCCGUGGUGUGCCAGUUGCUGGUCACUAGAACGGCGAGUCUGAUUCGUUCAGGAGGCACCACAAGAUUUAAAGUGCUCCCUGGGCUAUUGGGUGUAAAUUUUCGCCCUCGAGUUUACUAUUAAAUGGCACACGUGCUAUUUAAAUCCACGAAGCGUUUGAUAAAAAAAAAACUAUAUUAAAUCCCAAUUUGAAUAUAAACCAAUGCAGUGGCUUAUUUAUAAUUAGCGCUAAACACGUAUUACCACCUUGUUUCCAAACAAUAAUAACAUUAACUAUGAAAAUCUAUUAAAUUAUGAAUGCAAUAAUGAUACACGACAACGGAAACAUUUGAGCAUGAAUUUCUUAUCAUUUUAAUCAAAUGUGCCCCUGGAAAUCUGUUAGUGCUUUUCGUCAAGAUGCGACACGCAGCCUGUGUCAUCACUUGGCCACAUGCCGCUCGUCUGCUGGCCAGUUCCCACCGGCAUGUCACGGUAUUGCAACUGCCCACAACAUGGUAUCUAUUUUAUUGACUGCGGGAGGGGGAUGAUGGGCUGCAGUUCUCGGAUCAGAUUCGACCUCAUGGCUCACAUUGAGGUCGGGGCACUGCGCUGCGUUGCCACCGAUACUGGAUCGCCGUACAGACGCAUUCUGCGAAAGGGCGACGGGCUUUAUGGGCCUCUGGUUACCCAGCGUCGCGCCAAAAGCCCAACCGCAUUUUUCUUGAGGACGACUUCUUCAUGGAGUGGGCAUUUCACAACAAGCCACUGGUUGGAAAAAAAAAUCGCACGUGGCCACAGUAGUUUUGACCCCCGCAUGGAUCCUGCCCGCUGUAGUGCAAGUGCUACGAUUCGUUGCCACAUCCACCGUGGUGCACGUUGCCCGGCGAAUCUUUUGGCGCGUGCCGUCCUUCCCACGGGACGUCACCUGCUCAGUGAGGCUGUCUGUCGUGGUGCAGAGUCUGCCCGCCGUGCGCCCGGCCAGGUGGCUCAGCGAUAGAGCGGGCGGCUCGCAAUUGGAAGUUUGCGAUUUUUUUUUUAAUCCUGGGUGGUGGGCGGGGUGUGACUCGGUCAAACGUCGUGCAUCGAGGUCAUUUUUGGGAUGGAAAUAUAGCCCACGAUGGGUUCACAAAAUAGAUACGUAAAUAUCCACGACAGACACUUUGCCAUAACAAGAAAAUUAAUUCUCAAUUUUUAACUAAAUUUGCUGAAUUAAAUUCGGUUGUGCAUGGGGGGGGGGGGGUCAUUGGGUUUUAUACAAAAUGAGUAGCACGUUGUGGGAGAGCUUACAGUGCUUGUCCUGGAGUCUCACCCACUCGUCUUUAUGCCGCCGGCGUGAGGGCUGUGAACGAGAGACGAGAACAACCUCGAUGCUAAUUUGAGGUGGACACCAUUUCUAGACAUGCGUUUGUUUCUUUUGUUUGUAGCAGCAGAGACAUCUGGUUGAGCAGAGCUCGCCCUUGAAGGCGGCAGUGAAACUGCACUGCGGGGAGCGGCGCGUUGCCCCACAGAGCAAACCGGUGGCCAGGUGGCAGGUGGGGAAUAGCUGCAAGGAAGUUAAAUUGAUUGCAAACUAAUCAAAGUCAUCGUUCUGUAACGUUAAGUGUA